AUGAAAGAAGAAAAUGUAGAUUACAAUGAAAUGCAUAAAUAUAUUUUUAAUUUUUACCCUAAAAUUAGUUCAGGAUUAGAUCAUUAUGCAUGUAUUGGUUAUUAUAAGGGUAAAGUUAGUGUUUAUGGUUGGGGAAGUAAUGCUAGUAAUCAAUUAGGUUUAGGUAUAAAUUUAAGAUAUGCUAAUAACCCUUCUGUCAUUAAAUUUUUUGAAAAUUUUAUAGUCUGUUCUGUAUGUUGUACAAACUACUCUACAUUUGUUUUAGUAAAACAAAAUAUAACAGAUAACGGUUGUUCUAUAUACUCAUUUGGGAAAGGAAAUAAUGGUUUACUUGGAUAUAAAAAAAAGAGAAACCUUUUAAAUGAUAUGAAAUUUAUGAAAAACGAUAAAGAAAAGGAAAAAGAAAAACUACUGGACAAAAUAAAUAAUAAAAUAAAUAAAGAAGUUCUUAAUGCAUUCAAUAUAAAUAAAAGCUUUUCUUCGUUGAAAAGUGUUGACAGUUUGAUAGAUUUUGAUAUAGAUAAUAUUUCAAGUGUAAAAAGUAACAAAACCAAUAACGAAAUCAAUACAAAUGAAAGAAAUAAUAAAGAUAACAUCGAAGAAAUUAAUAAAAUAAAAAAUGAACAUUUUAAACACAAUGAAAACAACUUGAAUAAUGACAUACCAAAUAACAAUGAAAAUAUAUUGAAACAACAUAUGAAUAACGGAGAUUUAGAAGUGAAUGCUGUAGAUGAAGAUUUUAGUAUAAUGAAUAAAGAAGAUAAAGAUGAAAGUAAACAUUUGUAUACUGAAUAUGAAGAAAAAGAGGAUUGGUUUACUCCUUUUCCCAUUAAAAUUAAAUUUCCUGAAUAUACAAAAAUAAAAUUUAUUUCAUGUGGAGAUAUGCAUACUUUAUCUAUUUCAACAGAUGGUAUUUUAUAUGGAUGGGGUUUUAAUAAUUAUGGUUGUGUAGGUAAUGGAAAUAAUAUGAAUGUUUAUGAGCCUACACCCAUAUAUCUAGUAGACGAAUUAAAAUAUAAAAAUAAUAUGGAUCAUUAUGAAAAUUUUAAUAAAUAUAAGUUCAAUGUAAAUGAAACAAAAGAAAAAAACAAAAAAAAUUUUGUUAUUCAUUGCUCUGCUGGGAGUAAGCAUAGUUUGGCUUGUAAUCUGAAUGGAGAAAUUUACAGUUGGGGAUAUGGGGGAAAUGGAAGGUUAGGAUUAGGGAAUAUUAAAAGUUACAACAAGCCUCAAUUAAUUACUAAAUUAAAAAAUAAAACAAUUAUUUAUGUAUGUUCAGGGAACUCUCAUUCAGGAUGUAUAGACAUUGAUCAUAAUGUGUAUACAUGGGGAAAUGGAAAAUUUUAUAAAUUGGGACAUGGAGAUGAUAAUGAUAUAUUAAAUCCGAGAAAAGUGGAAUUUUUUAAUCACAAUAAGAAAAUAUUUAUGUUAAGUUUUGGAUGCUUUAAUUCUUUAGCUUUAAGUAUAAAAGGGGAUGUUUUUAUGUGUGGCACUUUUAAUAUAUCAAAAGAUUAUUCUUAUUAUAUUUGUAAAAUACCAAAACAAAUAAAUACGAAUUUUAAAUGUAUUUCUGUUCACGCUUCUACAUACGUAGCUUUUGGUGUAACAAUAGUGGGAGACUUAAUUACAUUUGGGAAUUAUUAUGAUCACAAUAAUACUUAUAUACAAGAAAAAAAAUUGGAUUCAGAUUCAGAUGUAAAUUUGAUGGAUUACUUAAUAGGAGACACAGAAAAUAAGAAUAAUAACGAUGAAAAAUCGUAUAAUAUAAAUUCAAAAAAAGAAAAUUUUCCCAUUAAAUAUAUUAAGGAAUUAAGAGGAAAAGUUUUCAUAAACGAUUUUUUAAAUGAUUUUUAUAAGUUAGAUAAGUUAUCUUAUUAUAUAAAUAAAACGAAGAAUGGAAACAUCUUUCCCAAUUGUGAUUACAUGAUAAUGAAUAGCAAAUUAAUAUUUGAAAAAAAUGAUCUUGUAAUAAAUUCAAGAGUAAAAUAUAUUGAUGGAAGUGAUUAUUUUAGUGUGUUUUUAUUAGAAAGUGGGAAAAUAUAUGUGUCAGGGUAUAAUAAAGGGGGAGAAUUAGGGAAUGGAGAAUUUAAUUUAAAUAAAAAAUUUUCAAUACCUAUAUUUAUAGAUAUAUCAAUUAAUAAGAUUACUAAGAUAGCAUGUGGAAAUAACUAUGUGUUAGCUUUGAGUGAAGUAGGAAAUGUGUAUGGAUGGGGAAAAAAUGAUAAGAGUCAACUAGGUAUAGGAGUAAUAAAAGAUUGUUAUGAGCCAAUUCAUAUAAAAUCUUUAAGUAAUGUUAUUAAUAUAUAUGCAGGAUAUGAUCACAGUUCUUGUAUUGUUAAUAAUAAUUUUUCCCAAAAUCAAGAAAUGGAAUUAGAACACGGAGAAUUAUAUGUGUGGGGGAAUGCUGAAAGUGGGAAAGUUGGUUUAGGUUUAGACUAUACUCAAGGUUCUAUUUUAUUACCACGAAAAGUUAAUUUACUAAGUCAAGUUUAUAAAUGUUCUUUAGGAACAAAUCAUAGUUUAUUUCUAACUGAUAAUAAUGAUUUAUAUGCAUGUGGGAGCGCAAAUAAUGGAAGAUUAGGAUUAAAAAAUAACUUCAAUUCUAUUGUUAGUUAUCCUAAAAAAAUAUCAUUAGAUGAAAAUAUAUUUAUUAAAGACAUAUUAGCUGGUAGUACAUUUAGCAUGAUUUUAUCUAUUGAUGGUUUUAUAUAUAUAUGGGGAGAAUUUAUAAAAAAUACAAUAUCCUAUGAUAAACCAACUUUAUAUCCUCAAAUUAGUAACGUGAAAAAGAUUAUAGGUAAAUAUCGUCAUGUGUUAUUUCUUACUUAUGAUAACAAAUUAUUUGGUUUAGGAGAUAAUUAUUAUUUUCAAAUUGUUCAUGAUUCAAGGAAAAUUAAACAUAUAGAUUUCCCAAAAUUAAUUCCUUAUUUUAUGAAGAGCAAUAUUAAUAAGGUUUUUUCUUUUAAAAAUGCAUCGUUUGUUCAAUUAGAAAAUAAUGAAAUAUAUGCUUGGGGAUAUUCACAAAAUUGUCAUUUGGGUAUAGGGUUAACUCAGUUAACCUACAUAAAGUACCCCCAAAAAAUUGUAAAAAGUUGGUUAACAUAUGAUGAAAAAGAGAUAGAAGAUGAUCAAUAUAAUGAUGCAAGUAAUGAUGAACAUAUGUAUAAUAAUUAUUGUAAAAAUAUAAACGAAAUAAACCUAAUAAAAAAAAAAUUUAAUAAAAAAGAAAAAUUCACAAACGAAUUUAUAUAUACUCCUUAUUAUGAAGAACAGAUUGAAAAAUUCAUUUAUGAAAUGCAAGUUAUUCCAAAUGUUAUUAACUGGGAAUUUAUCCAAAUGUUAUUGAAAAAAGAAGAAUACAGUAAUAGUUUAGAUUAUAUUAAAUCUUUUGAGGAUGAUUUAACAGAUUUAUAUAGUAAACACAUUGAAUUUAUUUUAAAUUUAAAUUCAUAUGAAAGGCAAUAUAAUGAUUUAUAUUUAAAUUAUCAGAAUUUUAUUUUAUCUAAUAUUUCAAAUAUGAAUGAACCAUUACCUGUUAUAAUGCAUACAAAAGCAACUCACAUUUUUGAUGCCAAUAUGAGUAAACUUCAAGAAUUAGUAUAUAUUUUGCAGCAGCAGCCAAUGUAUCUAAUAAUUCUGUGUUUAAUUCAUAAUCAUAAAAAUAUAAAAAAUCUUAAAAAAUUAUCCUAUCAACAAAAAUUAGUAAGACAAAAUGAAGGAUUUAUGGGAAAAUUAAAUGUUCAAAAUGCAAUGGAAAAUUCAUCUACUAAAUGUAUUGGAGAUAAAGAAAAUGAAGCAAACUACAUAUUAAAUAAAUCAAGCUUAAUUAAUCAUUCUUAUGAAUAUGAUAGAAGGACAGAAUUUAAAAAUAGUAAUUUAGAUAUUGUAAAACAGAAACAUUCUUUUUAUAAAAAAAGUACUUUAAUUAUAUGCUCAUUUAUUUUUGAUCUAUACUAUGAUUUGAAAAAUGAAAGAGUUCGUAAUAUUUUUACCAUAUUUCUAAUUAAACUUGGUAUAGAAGAAAUGAAAAGUUGUUUACAUGUUGAUUCUUUAUUUAAAGUAGAAUCAUCAAUUUUUUUUUUAUUAAUAAAGAUGCUAUUCAUGAAAAACGAAUUCUUAAUUAAUUUUUCUCAUUGUAUAUCAAAUUUAAAUAAUUCGAAUUCAUUUGUUGUUUUAUUAAACGAAAUGUCAAGAAAAAGACUUAAGAAGGAAUUGUGUAUGAAUAAUCCUAAUAUGUUUAGUUAUCCAUCUAAAAAUUGUCAAGAAGAUAUAAUUAAAAUGAGUAAUCAGAACCAUUUAAUUAAUACAUAUAAUAAUGCAAAUAUUUCAAUGAACCAUAUAAUUAAUAGUAAUAGUAAUUAUAAUAUGAAUAAUUCAACAAAUAACUUAAUAAAUAAUAAUGCUGAAAUUAAUAUGAAUGAAUUAAAUGAAACUACAAGUAAUGAAAAGACUUUUUUUUUCAAUGAUUUUAAUGAGGAGAAGGAUAAAGAAUUUACACAAUUUAUUAAAGGAAAAGGAAAGGAAGAAAAUAUAUCUGUUCAUAUUAAUCCAUAUAAGAAUCCUGUGGAAACAUAUAAUAAUUUACAAUUUCAACAAAAGGAGUCACCUAAAAUACAAGAUGAAAUGAAAAUAAGAAAUACAAAAAAUACAAGUGAUAAAGAUGUAUUUUUAGAGUUAGAUUUUGUAAAGGUAUUUAAGGAACUCUGCAAAAUUUUUAAAAAUAUAAAGUUUCCUGAUAUGUUUAAAAUUAUAAUGAAGUACUUAUUUAAACAUUUUGUUAUUUAUGAAAAAAACAUGAGUAAAGAAAAUUCGACUCAAAAUAAAAUAUAUUUUUUUAAUAAUGAAGAUAUUAUAUAUGUUCCUUUUUUUAAUUUGUUACUUAUGGCUAUUUUAAAUCCUUUAUUAAAAAAUAUAGAUAAAAUGAGAGAAAAAUUUUUUUACCCACCUAUUCCAUCACAUAUCAUAAGUAUUUGUAAUAGAAUUUGCGAUUUUAUAGAGGUUUUAUAUUUAAAUAAAUAUGAAUCAUUAAAUAGUUAUAAAUUAAAGAAAAAUUUCAUAUCUGUAAAAUAUAUUUAUGAACACACAUUUAAUUCUUUUAUAUAUAUUAUAAAUAAUAUAUGUAAUAUUGACGAAGAUAUAUAUGUAAAUACUUAUAUAAACUUAUUUCGAUAUCAUUUAAAUAAUAGCACAUAUUAUGUUCAGUUAAGAAUUUUUCAGUUAUGUCAUAUUUUUAAUUUAUUUUUCCGAUAUCAAAAUUAUUUAUUAUUGUCAUUUAACGAUCCUAUAAUAGAAAUUAUAAAUUUUUUUUACACAUAUAAACAUAAAGACACCUCAUGUAUGGAAAAUGUUUCAGAAUCCUUAUUUAACAAGAAGGACACCCGUGUAGAUGUAACAAAUAUGAAAGAGGAUAUAAAAAAAAAAAAUAAAGAUAAUAAUUUAAAUAAAAAUAAAAAAAAAAAAAGUUUUUUAUCUAAAUAUAUUCGUAAGGAUGAAAAAAAAGAUAACGCUAUAAAUAAUGAAGAGGUUAAAACAAAAUCAGAUGUUGGAAAGGAAGAAGAUAAUACAAUAUAUGCAUAUUCGAAUAAAAGAAAAGAAAAAAAUAUAAAAAAGUUAAUUUUUAAUGAAGAAGAAAUCCAAUUUUUCAUAACAUGUAAAUUAAUAUAUAAUAUAAAGUUAGAUAUAAGAUUUUUGUUAAAAGAAAAAAAUAUGAGUAUUUGUGAAUUCACAAGAAUUCCAAUGCCUCAAUAUAUAUGUUAUCGUAAAAGGCCUUACAUAAAAAAUAAUGAAUACUUAUUUUCAGUUAUUCACAAAUAUCAUUAUGAAAAAGAUAAAAUAUAUAUUAUUUCAGAAUGUUUAAAAAAUUGUCCACUUUUUGAGCAUUGUAUUGAUACCAAUAACUUAAUACUAAAAUUAAAAUCGUUGGAUGCUCAUUAUUUGUCUUUAAAGGAUCAAAAAGAGAUAAACCUUGUUCACUUAAUUAGGAAAACAAUUGAUAUUUUAUUAUCGGAUGAAAUGAUAUUUGUUGAUUUUUGUGAAAAUUUUCCUCCAAAUUUAUAUAUACAUAAAUUUAAAGAUGAAAAAUUACAUAAAUCUAAGUUUGAACAAUCAUAUUUAUAUAUUUUACAAAAUAAUUAUGAUAGAAGUUCAUUUUUUCAUAUGAAAUGGAGAAAUAUAGUUAUGCAAAUAGCUUUAAAUAUUUUAAAAAAAAAAAAACAUAUGAACUAUUUAAAAAAAUUGCAUGAAGAACAAGAAAAAAUAGAAGAUCUAAUAUUAAAUUAUCAAUUUAAAAUGAAAAAUGAUAUUGAAACUUUAAAGAAUGCAAUAAUUUUUGUCUCUAAAUUAUUAAUUGAAAAACCAAUAUUAAUUCAUGGUUCCUAUUUUGAAAAAGAUUUAUUUUUUAAUAUAUUAAAAAACAAGAAGGAUUUAAAAAAAGAACAUAAAAUUCCUUAUGAAUCGUCAACAGUUCAUAUAUACGAGAUAAAAAAACUAAUUAAAACAUCUGUUUUCAACUAUGUAAAUGAAUUGUUAAAUCCCGUAAUUGACUAUUUGACAGUAGAAAUUUUCUUUGACUUAAAUAAUAUUAUUAAAUUAAGUCUAGUUGUAACUAAAAAUAAAAGUAGAAAUGUAAUUAAUGAACACACAUUUACAAGUCAAGAUAUUUAUAAUAUUUAUAAUUCUUCUCCAUUCAUUUUAUAUUUUUUUUUUAAAUAUAAUAAAACUUAUUUGUGUUCUAUCAGUGGAUUUAAUUUUAUGCAUUUAUUACAUAAUUUAGUUAUUGAUAUUUAUUAA